AUGGCUCAAGUAUUAAAAACGCUCAGAGCAUACCAUCGCCCAACUCUUCAAUCGCGACCGACUUGCGCGAGAACCGUCGCAAACGUAGCCGCUUCAAGUACUUCCCGAGGUCUUCCAUCUUCGAAUGCUCCACCGGUUGAAAUAACGUCGAACGGCAGCCUGUCGAGCCGCGUCUACAAUCUGAGGGACGAGACGUGCGAAUGGUUCGAGAUCCCUGCUGGCCACUCAGAGUCUCACAGGAAUAUUUACGAGCCCACAGAUUUCUUUCUGUAUCCGAGAUUCCUGAGUGGACCCGAACAAGAUCUAAUCCUCGAUCACAGUUUACUACGGUUGGACAAGAUGGAGAGGCCUCGAGCUCGAAAGCGAGGCGGUGCCCAAGAUCAAGGGGGUGCUAAAGAAGGAACGAGUAGAUUUCGGGACGAGGUGGACUACUCGUUCGAGGCCGGCCAUUUCGACCAAGUCAUCUCAUCUUAUCGGGAGAUGCAGGUCGGCCAAUUCCUUAGUGGCCCGGCCGUCUCGUCUACAACAACAGACACAUCGCAAACCAAAUCGCUCGAGCACAUCCUAGCUAGACUCCAAGCACUGUUGCCUGAAUCCACUCGUCCUCCCCUGAUCCAUCUACUCCAUCUUGCGUCAAACGGGAAGAUCGACGCUCACGUCGAUAAUGUUGAAGCCUCUGGCUCGACUAUCGUCGGCCUCAGCCUGGGUAGCACUCGAGUCAUGCGACUCGGCCAUCAAUCCGCACCAAUCGAUAGCCAUCUUAAAGUGCUCUUGCCUCCGGGAAGCGUUUAUGUACAACGUGACUCGGUGAGAUAUCACUUACAACACUCUAUCCCAGCCCAUGAUUCCUUCAAGAAUCAACAGGUCUAUGGCGCUCAAAGAUUAAGUGUAAUGUUAAGAGAUGGACGCAUGUAG